UCAGGUGUCGCAAACACAGAAACGUUACCAAACUUUGGAAAGCAUUGUCUAAUUGAAUGAGCAGGGACAAACAGCUUGUAGUCAGAAGUACGUGCGCUGUUCUCGGGCCUGAACGCACCCCAAGUCUUGGAUGACAAAUCAACAGAACAGAGAGUCGACUCGACACGGCUGGUAGUUUCUUCAAUUUAUUCAGAAUUGGUGUUACCAGUCCCAAGUGUCUUGCAAUCACAGCUGUUUAGGGCCUGACCGGUGGGGGAUAAUUUUUCCUCAGUGUAACAGCAGAUUGCAAUCACCCGUCAACAUCGUGACCAGGAAAGUACUACCGGACCAAAGGCUCGCACCACUGCACUUUCUCAGAUACAGACACGCUUUUCACGGAAACCUCUCCAACAAUGGUCAUACAGUGCAACUGGAUUUACCUCCCGGUAUGAAAAUCAAAGGAGGGAAUCUGUCCACAACAUACACCGCACUUCAACUCCACUUCCACUGGGGCAAAGAUGGGGGCCCUGGCUCUGAGCACACAAUAGAUGGCGAAUCGUAUCCGAUGGAAAUGCACAUUGUGCACAUCAAGGAACAAUACGUUUCAUUGUCACAGGCUUUAAGUGAUCCAGAAGGCGUGGCGGUUCUUGGCAUCUUCUUCCAGGAGUCAAAUUCAGCCAACAAAAAGUUUGAACCGCUCAUAAAAGCUCUGAAGAGAAUCCCACGACCGUCCAACAAAACAACAGUGCGGGGCAUCUCCCUGCAAAUGUUUCUUCCUCCACCCACCGACAUGAGAGAUUAUUUCCGCUACCUCGGAUCCCUCACCACACCUGACUGUGCCCAAUCUGUUCUUUGGACCCUUUUUGAAAAUACCGUACCCCUCAGUAGGCAACAGCUGUCCGCCUUCUCCCAGCUUCGCUUCCCCGGCGGGAGGCCGAUGGUGAAUACCUUCCGAGCCGUGCAGCCCCUGAACGCAAGGCAGGUGUAUCGCUCCGGAUCCCGCAUCGCCUCUUCACUCAGCCCUGCGCUCGUCAUCUCAUCUGUGCUUAUGUUGUACUCCGUGUGAAGCACAAAGAAAUGUUCAUCUGGACUUAAAGUUCAGAGGAGACACUUCAAAUGGAUUGAAUGUCAAUGGCAGCCAAUGUGCUAAGGGUGUACCCCAUGGUUCCAUGUAGGGACCAUUACCCUUCUCCAUUUAUUUAUUGUAUAUAGUCUUACUUACUAACACAUACGUCAAAAAGAACUCAAAGUGCAGGGUUUCAUCACACUUAGAGAAAACAAAACUCUUCCAAACAAUUAGGAAUGCUGCUUUAAUUGUUGCGACUGCGCCAUAAAAAUGCAUCGUGUGCUUGAUGGAGAAGAAAAACAAAAAUCGGCGAGAUGAUGCACUUUUGAGCACCUGUGAGUGCCCUCUGUUGAGUUUCCUUGUAAUGACAAGAAUGGUGAUAUGUUCCAGCUAUUAUUUUGAUGACUUGAUUUUAAU